CUCAGCAUCAAGUGCAGCCUGAGCGCAGCGUCCCGGCUGAGACUUUCUCUCUCUCUGCCUCUUUGAAGAAGUCAUGAGGAGAAGGGAGCGCUGCUGAUGCCAGGACGUCUGGGAUGCUCUAACACCGCACUGUGUUUUCUACUGGGAUCAUAUUUGUGUGUGUCUUAGGGAAACAAAACAAACGAUACACUGCGGAUUUGACUUAUCCAUCAAUCGGAUGCAAGCAGAGCCAGGGCCAACUUAACAAUGGGCCCCAUUCCCCUGUGUGUCCUGCUACCGGUUGUACUGGCUGUGACGUUGGCUGCAGCUGCUGAGGAGAACGCAGUCGAUGAUGAGUAUACCUGGCCACAUUGGAAGGUGCCUCUGGUAAGAAAAAGACGUACUGUGCAUCUCAGCAGCCCCGACUUCUCAGCCAAUCCCCAACCGGAGUUAAGUGGGACCUGUGGGAUCGAGUGUCAGCGUCGCCUCCCUACACCGUCUCUGCAAGACCUGGAGCAGUUCCUGUCCUAUGAGACGGUCUACGAAAAUGGUACACGCACGUUUACCUCAGUCUCUGUGCAAGGUGUCAAUGAGGUGACAGCCUUGUCCAAAAAUUCCUCAACUGGCUCACGCCAUAAACGGGAGGUUUACGGCACAGACAGCCGCUUUACUAUCUCUGAUAAGCAGUUCUCUACCAAAUAUCCCUUCUCCACCUCUGUGAAGCUCUCCACAGGAUGUUCUGGGGUUCUGGUGUCACCGAAACAUGUACUGACGGCUGCCCACUGCAUUCAUGAUGGGAAGGAUUACCUAAGCGGAGUGCAGAAGCUACGUGUUGGUAUUCUGAAGGAGAAGUCCAGACGAGGGAAAGGAGGCAAAGGGAAAGGAGGGCGAGGAAAGGGAAAAAGGAGAAAGGGAGACAAAGAUAAAGAAGAUGUCGAAGAACAGGAAAAGAGCGUUGGGAAAGGGGAUCAUAAAGGGAAGGGGAAAGGUAGGAAGAGCCGGAGUCGGCGAAGUGCAGAAUCAGAGAAACCUUCUUUCAGGUGGACCAGGGUCAAGCAGACCCAGAUUCCAAAGGGCUGGUUCAAAGGUGUGUCUGAUGGACUGGCUGCAGAUUAUGACUACGCUGUUCUUGAGCUGAAGAAAGCCCCAAAAGUCAAGUACAUGGAUAUUGGCGUUAUCCCCUCAGUUAAGAAGCUCCCCGCUGGGAGGAUCCACUUCUCUGGCUUUGAUGAUGACCGGCCUGGCAACCUGGUCUACCGGUUCUGCUCAGUGUCUGAGGAGUCCAAUGAUUUACUUUAUCAGCACUGUGAUGCCAAACCUGGCUCCAGUGGCUCAGGAGUCUACAUCCGCCUGAAGGAGCCCGGCAAGAAAAAGUGGACGAGGAAGAUCAUUGGGGUUUUCUCCGGUCACCAGUGGGUGGACGUAAGCGGAAACGGGAUGCAACAGGAUUACAACGUGGCAGUGAGGAUAACACCCGUCAAAUAUGCUCAGAUCUGCUACUGGGUCCACGGGGACUCAAGUGAGUGCCAGGGGGCCUAAGACAACACAGGAUCCCCCCUCAACCACCUCCCCACUACAUACCCUCAGACUACCUAAGAGACAUUUGACCUUUUCUAAGCCCCCCCACCUCCUUUACAAAACAGGGGCCCAAUGACUGCCUCUUCUCUUCCUGCCUCCCUGUUUCCUCCUGUGCCCCUCAACAACACCUCCUCCACUGACACACACACACACACACACACACACACACACACACACACACACACACAAACAAACACUCUAACACACACACAAACACACACACCCAUGCAAACUCCUAAAAUUAAACUGCCUCUUUAACUUUUCUUAUUUAUUUGCUAAAUAAACAACAGAGAAAAAUAUGUAUUGUAUGUAUUUACAGGUUGAUCGGAUCGGCAGUUUUGCUUUGUUUUUGUUUCUUUUUAAAAAGGAUUUGCCUAUUUCACAUAUAAGUCUGGGAAGCAUGUUUUUUCAAUUGUUUGUGAGUGAAGCCAAGUCACAUUCAUGGUAUAUUCCGCCUGUGAUUUGUAUGGAGAUCAAUAGUUCUAUACCACUGUUAAGGAGUUUGCAUGCAUUUGCUUUGACAAAAGACCCAGGAAAAAUUAAUGUUAACUUUUUUUUUUACAAAUGAACUAUAUAGAAAUAUUGAGAUUUUUUUUUUUUUUUAAAGAAAUUAAUGUAAUGAGCUGGUGUUUUGCAUUGUGUAUAUGUAGACGUUUUUUUACAGCUAUCAUUUUAAAUAAGACAAUUUUUAUUUUCUGCCACAAUAGAGCAAGGUUUCUUAUGAUCAUGGAUAGAAGAUUUUUUUUUUCAGAUUUGUGAGUCUCCCAUCAUAUUUUCUCCGUUCUUGCAGUGCAGUGAAAUGUGGUUUCAUUGUUGUGCACAUAAUUAUAUCGGUGCUUAUCCAGGAGAUGUGGUGCUAAUUUAUGGAACUUUAAACUUUUGUGUGUUUCUUUCUAUUCGAAUGGGGUGGCGGGGGCUUCUCAGAAUAUAUUUUGAUAGCCUAGUACUGUAACUAUGUAUUUAAUUUGAGGCUACAUAUUUGCGUUACGUUCGGAUGGGACUGAACCAUUAAACACAUUAUUUGAGCUGUUUAGAUUCCUGUGAUACUAAGGGCUAAAUACAAUUACAAGAGUAAUAUUGUUAUAAAAUAACAAAUCUCCAUCCAGGAUGUGAUGUUUUUCAUGUAGUUUAUGUUCUAAAAAUUCAUAUGAGAAUCUUUUUGAAAACCAAAUACCUGAAAUUGAUCUGAAAUUAAUGAUGCAGUUUGAAGACUACCACCCAUUAAACUAAGCUUAAUACUU